AGGUUUGACUCAGUAUUAAUAAAACAGGCAUUCAUUUUCAACUGCAUCUGACUGUUGAAUAUUUAUUUAAAAUAAACAAACAAUUAUGUAUUGUAUUAUGAUAGCAUGAGUGGAAAGAAAAGCAAGCGAUCGUGCCAUGUCCUGAAAUAGCAAUUAUGACAAAGAUUAAUCAUUGAGAUAGUUGUCAGUCGGUGUUUCGGUUAAAAUGGAGACUGUAAGAACCACAGCCGCAUUCGACCGACUAUCGCUGGCUAACACGGUCAACCGUUAAACCGUAACACCGGCUGUAUCCUGCCUGACAACAUCGCAAGUCUUAACCUCUGUACUCAUCCGUGACUAUCUGCAGAGACACAAGGCUUAUCUGUGCUGAGCUGAUCACAGAAUAAUAACAAAAGGAAAAGGAUGUCCCCUGAGAUGCAGACAGUUGCCCGUGUUACUCAAACCUGGCUGCAGGCCUCUUGGCAUGUCCAGGUGCCCAUCGCCUGGCUGGAAGCCUGUGUGGAGUUUCUACAGGAAGAGGCAGGAGGAGUGGGUCGUCUGUCACAGCAGCAAAUCAACCAGCAGGCACUGGACCAGUGGUUGCUGACAGACUUGAGGGACCUGGACCACCCUGUUCUUCCUGAAGGGAUCAGUCAGGCUCAGAAGACCGAACUCAGCGGCAUCUUCUGUGUACAGGUUGACUCACUACUGGAUGUCAGUCAGCCUGCGUACAGUCAGCUGCAGAGCUGGAGGGGAACCGAAUGUGCCAACGACCAGGUGUCGGCUGUCACACAGAGCACACAGAGGCCCUGGGAGGCCAAACCAACCCGUAUGCUACUACUGCAGGUGACAGAUGGGGUCCAGAGCCUUGAGGUCAUGGAGUAUCAGCCUGUUCCUGCACUCAGCACCACCCUCAGGCCUGGAGCAAAGCUGCAGUUAAAAGGGCGGAUGGUUUGCAGACUCGGGGUGCUGCUGCUGGGGCCAUCGAAUGUCAAGGUCCUGGGUGGUGAAGUGGAGGAUCUGGUGGAAAGAAAUCACCAGGGUCGGGUUCUGUGUCGGACACUGGGACUUCCUGAAGAGGAGCAGCAAAGGGAACAGGAGGAGGUCUUACCAGCACAACAAGGUAACCAGGAGGUGGAGGACCUGGAGCUGGAUGAUGCAGAGUUGUUAGCCAGUCUGGAGACCCAGGAGGUGAUCCCAAUUAGGGCUGUUCAGGACAGCGGCUACCAGACUCUUAGUGAUAUGUCCCCUCAGUCCUACAGAAGCUCCUCAGUCAGGAGUCCUGUCCCGACAGCCUCAUCCAGAAGUGAGGCCUCAGCCCGUUCUCACAGAAAUGGUUUGACCCAGAGCAGCAGAGGUGGUCCAUUCCAAGAUCAUUACCACAGGAACGAACAAGACAAUUCUGACCUUAAUGACCUCGUACGUCCUGAACGCUCCGUACAGCGCUCAAUUCCAGAUCACAACAUGACAGAUGAAGACUUCCCAGAUGAAGACUUUGAUGAUCUCCCCCUGGAUGAGUUGGAUGGUGAGAUGUUUGAACAAAGCCCAGAUGUUAGCAGCAGCACUCACAGGAGCGCAAGAGACCAAAACCUAGCACGAAAACCACAAAGUCUUGAGUGCUUAUGGCCUGGUUUCAACAACUCUAGACCCACCAUGCAGAAAAGGGACAAUCAAGGCUUCAGUGGAGGAGCUAAAGAGCAGUUUGUGAAGCCAUCACAUGAAUCAAGAGCUUCUCAUGAUGAGGAUGAUUUCAUGGAUUUGGAUGCUGAAUGUCUUCUGGAAGAGGUAGAAACUAGGAUGAGUGCAGUGUCAAAUCAGCUCCCUGUUCAACAGCAACCAAGAGACAAAACCAAAACAUUAAGUUUGAGUUGUAGACCUACCAGCAGCUCAUCAAGAACUGAGACACAUCAGGGACAAAGUAUUACGUCAAGUACUUCAGAACCAGAGAGGUUUCCAGCAAAGAAAGAUUCACAAAGUUGUAGCUCUGGCCCUGCUGUCACUCUAACCUCUCCACCUUUUACAUAUUUGAGCCUGCUGGAGGAGGAGACGUCCAAACAACAACCCCAUCCCAUAACAAUCCGUGUCAAAGCUUUCAUCAUUACUCUGAUAGGGAAACUGACCAGCAGCAGUGGCUUUUGGCGUGUCUGCGCUACAAUAUCUGAUGGUACCGGUUACUUAGACGUAGAGCUGUCUGACGAGGUCUUGACAGGCCUGCUUGGCUUCUCAGUGGCUGAAAAGGCAGCUCUGAAGCGAGACCCAGCCCGAAGAGGAGAGCUGGAAGCCGGGAUGAGGCGGUGUCAGGAGGAGCUGGUGGACAUGUGCUGUGUUAUGACCAUCAAGGUUGAGUCAGAGGGCGGGAAAGCUGUUGUGACAAAGGCGGAAAGAGUCAGUGAAAAUGUGCUGCAGGAGCUGGAGCAGAGGGUGAAGGACCCAAGGAAAUAAACAGAGGGAAGGUCAAGGGGGAGUGGGUGAUAAUGAGGAAAUUAGAGGCAACUGAGAGAUACCGUAAGAUUCAGAAUGUCACACCAGUAUAUAAGAUGUAGUCUGGUUUUUUGGGAGGUUUUGGGGAGAAAAGGGUUUUAACAGUCUUCCACUUGAUGAUUCCUGUUGCAUUCAGCAGAGUUUCUGUGCAGCUUAGUUGCUCUUUUGGUAAUGCCACAUGCAAAAGGGUUUUCACCAUGUAGAGUUUGCACUCAUGCUAGCUACCACUACCAUUGUUGAGCUCUCAGCCUUUGUUGAUAGUUGUGAAGUACAGACCCACAAUCAGCAAGUUGCACAUACUUCUUCUUGUUUUCUUCAAUAAAGACUAUUUUAA